GAUAUAUAUAUUUUUUUUCUUUUGAUAUGGCUAUGGCUAUGGCUCUGGCUCAGCGGGGGACAAAGAGAGGAGGAGGAGGAGCAGCAGGAGGAGGAGGAGGAGCAGCAGCAGGAGGAGGAGGAGGAGGAGGAGAAGGAGGAGGAGGAGGAGGAGCAGGAGGAGGAGGAGCAGGAGGAGGAGGAGGAGCUGUCUCUUAUACACAUCUAGAUGGACAUGAAGGGGAGCACGAGGCUAUGGUGGUUUUGUUUUUCUUUCCUAUUCACUCUGAUCGUGAAAGGGUGAUGAAGCCACAUGAAGGGAAGGAAGAGGAAGAGGAAGAGGAACACGAGGAGGGAGAGGGAGGGAGGGUCGGGAGGCAGAAAGAGAUGGGGCUGGAGGAGGAGAAGGGGGAGGAGGAGGAUAAAGGGGAAGCUGUGAAGCAUGACUGCACUGCUGCUGCGGAAGAGGGUACUUGUUGCCGAAGCAUGAAAUGGGCAUUUAUGCAAUUAAUCAUGGCAAACCCUGUAGAAAUGGCUCAAGCUAUUCUGGAGCCAGAGAAGAUGACAGGUUGCCUUGAGGGCUUCAGGGAAGAAGUAAAGCUACAAGCAGGAGUUAACAAGACGACAGUAGACAAAUGUACAAUAUUCUCAGACUUUAAUUUGCCUGAUGGUUCAGCAUGCACCGGGAACACUGUUGAUGAUGUUAAGGAAGCUAUAACUCAGGCCAAGCUGGGGGAAGGAGGUUGUUAUAAGCUGGAGGAAAGAUCCUUAUGCCAGAAAGUGGUAACUGGCAUGGACUUUGACUCAUACAGGACCACUUCCCUACUCAACGUAUCAUAAGUGAUGCCGGCCUGUUGAGACUUGUCAAAGAAGUGCCCACGCAGGGCCUCUGGCAUGGCACGAUAAAACAAUUGGACCAAC